UUUCCACAUAAUUCUCGACUUUUCGCUGUAACUUUGCACAUUCCUACAAAACACAAAUAUCGAAUAAACAUAUUGUAAAUAUAAUUAAAACUGUAUAUUGCGUAGUUACUCAAAUAAAUUUAAUUCAAAAAAAUACAUAUAACCCUUGCGGACACAGAGGUUCAUUCGAUGCUUUGUGCCAAACUGUUUUCGAUAUACAUUUUUUAGUAAAAGUUUUUGUUGAAAUCGUAAAAUUGUAGCUGUUUUUAAGUUUAAAAAAAUCGUUCAAUAAAGUCACUAUCGAAGAAUUUUGAAAAUUAACGUUUAGAGUACAGUACUUAAUGUGCUAAUGCUAUGUAUCAUUGUAUAAUUGAUAUUGAAAUGAUUGAUAUUACUUGAUUGUGUAUUUAUUUGAUUAGGAAAUUCGAAGUAACCAGAAGUAUAGAAGAUAUAAAACCAAAAUACAAAUUAAAUUAUAUAAAACUGAAAACUGAAUAAUAUUCUAUGUUGAUGAAACCGAAAACUGAAUGAGAAAUUUAUUGUUUCUGCGCUGACACAACCCGCACCCAGCACGCAUUGAAGACAUCUGAGGAUUUUUAUUUCCCACUUUUGGAGUUUUGUUCAAAUCAAAUUAAUCGACUUCGUACAGUGAAUCCUUGUUAUAUCAAUUUUUAUACGAUUUGUUUUUGCGUCGUCUUUAUUUUUAUUUUUAUUUUUUUUUAUUAUACAUUUGUGUUUUGUUCUGUUCAAUUCAUUAUUCUUGUGAAGAAAACCCACGAAAUUACGUAACGAACUACAUAUCUCAUGGGAGAUAUUAAUUUAUUGCCAUAUAAGGACAUUUAAUUAAUGCUGGAUUUAACCAUUCUGUGAUAAUUGCUACACUUAUAUAUUAAUUAAAGCUACUCAGAGAAAAAAAAGAGUAACCAAAAUCAAGAAAUCGAAUUACUGUAUUAAACUAUGUCCAGCAAUCCUCAGUGGAAACCAUUCCAGCCGCCUUGCACUAUGAAUCAGGAUCCCGCCAUUUUGGAUUUUAAAUCUAUGACUGUUCCUAGCAAACCCCCACAAUCUUGUAGCUAUCGAAAUACAACUAGCUGUUUCGGCGGUGAUUAUCCAUCGUCUCCACGAGAAAAAUCUGCACCGUACUCAUCACCAUACAGCCCAAUUACAACUGUAACUACACGACAUUCAGGUCGUUUCCCGAUUGGAACCUUCUCUGUCGAUACAAAUAAUACAUUUAAUAGCAGCGGUGAUGGUCUUGGCUCGCCAGCUUCAAACAACGUUUAUACUAACGGUAAUAAUGGCUCCACAAAUUCUACAUACGAUUCAAAUUCAUCUAAUCAAGGCACUAGAGAGACUGGAAUUAUCGAAAAAUUAUUGCACUCAUAUGGUUUUAUCCAGUGUUGCGAACGACAAGCAAGAUUAUUUUUUCACUUCAGUCAAUUUAGUGGUAAUAUUGAACAUUUGAAAAUUGGUGAUCCAGUUGAAUUUGAAAUGACAUACGAUAGACGCACUGGAAAGCCAAUCGCCAGUACGGUUACAAAAAUUGCCCCUGAAGUGGUUUUAAGCGAAGAACGUGUAACUGGUACUGUUACCACUGAAUUAAGAGCCGAAGGAUCUGGUGGUGACACGCAAGGACGAAUUAGUUAUGAAAAUCGCGGUGAAUGCUUCUUUUUACCAUAUACCAAAGAUGAUGUCGAAGGAAAUGUAACAUUACGUUCUGGAGAUAAAGUUAGCUUUCAAAUCGCCACUAAUCAACGUGGAAAUUUGGGAGCAUGCCAUGUACGACUUGAAAAUCCAGCUCACCCAGUCAAAUAUCAAGGAGUUGUUUGUUCAAUGAAAGAAAGUUUUGGAUUUAUUGAAAGAGCCGAUGUAGUCAAAGAAAUUUUCUUUCAUUUUUCUGAAGCAAAAACAAAAGAAGAGCUGCGACUUGGUGAUGAUGUUGAAUUUAUUAUACAAACUAGAAAUGGAAAAGAAGUAGCAUGUAAUAUAACCAAAUUACCACCGGGAACUGUUGUAUUCGAAGAUAUUAAACCAGAUAUAAUAAAAGGUCAAGUUCUAAAACCUUUAGAUCGUGGUAAUGUUGGUCGACAUCAAAAUGAUCCAUUAACGGGUCGAAUACGAUAUCGUGCAGCCGAUCACUCCGAAGUGGAAGUACCAUUUGGUGAUAAAGAUCAAAGUGGUGAUUUCACAUUACGACAUGGUGAUUGGGUACAAUUUCGUAUUGCAACUGAUCGUAGAGAUCAAUUAGAUCGUGCAUCCGGUAUAACAUUAUUAGAUGAAUCAUUUGUUGUAUCUGGUGAGAGACGUGAACAAGGUGUUGUUGCUGCGGCAAAAGACGGUUUUGGUUUCCUAAAAUGUGUCGAACGUGAAGCUCGAUUAUUUUUUCAUUUUAAUGAAGUACUCGAUAUUGAGAAUGAUGUGAAUAUUGGUGAUGAAUUUGAAUUUACUGUUAUACAAGAUCAAACCACAUCUUUCUGUAAUAGUCGUCAAAGUGCCAUACGUAUGAAACGUUUACCACAAGGCACUGUUAAAUUUGAGACAUUAACUGAAAGUAAUGUGACUGGUGUGGUAACCAAAGAAAUACCUAAUUUGAAUUGGAUCAAUCGUAGUCCAUUAAAAAGUAAUGGGCAGUCGCCAAAUAAUGGUGAUAAAGCAACAUCACCAGAUAAUGGACUAAUAACGUAUCAAUUAAAUGGACUGAAAAAAGCAAUAUUAUUCUAUCCCAAAGAUUGUGAUUUAAAAAAUCCACCGCGUAUCGGUGAUAAAGUUGAAUUUGAUAUUUGUCAAGUAAAACGUAAUAAAGAAUUAAUCGCAGUUGAUAUCAAAGUUGUGAAUUCGGCUACAAAUUUACCAAAUGGUACAACACAAUCCACAUUAAAUAAUACAUCAAAUACAUCUAUCAAUAAUAAUAGUAAUAAUAAUAAAAAUGGUCGAUCAAAUAGUCUUACAACUCAUCAAGGUUUCAUCGCGGCGUUAAAGGAUGGUUUCGGUUUUAUUGAGACGGUACAACAUGAUCGUGAAGUCUUUUUUCAUUUUAGUAAUUUUGAAGGUGAUGCAAAUACUUUAGAAUUGGGUCAAGAAGUAGAAUAUACAUUAGCGACUAGAGGAUCUACAGGUAGCUGUUCAUCAGCUGAAAAUGUAAAAAUAUUACCAAAAGGUACGAUAGAAAUGCCAAUAAUCGAUGGAGAAGUUUUAGACGGAACAGUAGUUAGACCGCUACGAUCUGUAAAUCCAGAUCAAAGUCAAUAUGCUGGUCUUAUUCAAGUUGUUGGUGAUGGUCCUGAUGAUAAAGGACCAGAAUAUGAAUUUGGUAUUAUGGGACUAGCAAACAAAAAAGAAUUGUUACAAGUAGGAGAUCCGGUACAAUUGCAAGUAGAUUCAGCAGGUCGUGCUGCCAAUAUUAUAGCUGUUAGGAAAAAACGACGAACAAUAGUUGAUGCCAUAAAAGGUCCAUUUGGAUUUUUAGCGUAUGAAGUAGAAGAAGGAAAAAAAUUAUUUUUCCAUAUGUCUGAAGUCAAGGAAGGUGUUAAUUUACAACCUGGUGAUCAAGUUGAAUUUGUGUUAGUUACGAAUCAAAGAAAUGGAAAAUCUUCAGCUUGUAAUGUAACAAAAAUAAGUGGAGAUGUACAAGCACGACCUGAACGACUCAAUAGAUUGCGAACAGUAUCAUUGGAUGAUGCAGGUCCAAAAUUACAAGUUUUAAGACAACCGAAAGGUCCAGAUGGAUCACGAGGUUUUUCCUCGGAAAUGCGUUCACCUCGAUUACCAGGCAUCGUUGCCGAAUAAUUUUAUAAAUAAAACGUCAUCACACACAAAAAACACAUCAUCCGAUCGAGUUGGCAUUAAUCAAAAAUUGUCUUAUCGUCGCGUUUGUAUCAUCAAUAAUAAAUUUGGAAAAAAAUAUCGUAAAGCAUCCAUUGUGACAUAAGUUUUAUUGUCUUUAUAAGUUUUUUUAAAUAGCUCAUCGUUACAAUGCGUGUCAGUAAAUGUUUAAGAUGAGUCAUUAUUUGAUAUAUUUUCUUUUUUUGG